UGCAGCUGGAUAUUUCUAAAGCGGUAUCUAACAGUAGCAAGACAAUGCGACUGUCUUUGUUAUUUUUUAAAAAGCAUUACUACUGAGCCACCGGACCUUUAUAAUGAUUCUGGAUCCGUGAUACACGACACUGUACAACCAGGACGCACCAGCAUCUGAGUGACCGUGGUGCAGCGAUGCUCCUCAGCGCUAUCUGGUUUUAUUAGGUGACUUACAACCUGCCCCGACUGCAUCAUGGUCAACCUCUGCUGCCUCUGCUGCGGUGAAAUCCCUCAACCCCGCCCCCCUCCGUCCGGACACUUGGGAGGACCACCACGGGAUGCCCGCUCCGCGCAGCAGCAGCCGCAGCCGCAGCCGCAGCCUACUGGCUCCGGCCCAGACGCCGUGGGGCUGAGGGGGGCACAACAACGGGGUGCAAGCGGAGACACGCUUGGAGCAGAGCAAGUGAACAAAAAGCUGUGAUCCCGUCAUUGAGCCUGGGACAUGCAAAAAGUGCAGCAUGCUCUCCUCUGAUCCGGACUCUGCAGAGGACGCGGUGGCCAGCGCUCCCAAUGAUGCUGAGGGAGAGGAGCAGGAGGAGGAGGAGGAGGACUCGCCAGCUGAGAGUGAUCUCCAGGAAGAGCAGCGUCCGGUGCAGCAGUCCCUGGGCGCCUGCGUGUGCCGCGAGGCCCACUGGCGCUGCCUGGUGCUCUCCCUCCUCAUGUACAGCUGCCUGGGCGCCGUGGCCUGGUGUCAGCUGACCCGCGUCACCAAGAUCAGCUUCAACCCCGCCCUCACCUCCUCCAUCGCGACCUCGUUCACCUCCUCCCUGCGGGGGGUCUCCGGCAUGGGCGUCGGCGGGCACUCCAUGAUCUACCACGACAGCCCGUGCGCCGACGGCUACAUCUACAUCCCGCUGGCCUUCCUGCUCAUGCUCUACGCCCUGUACAUGGCGGAGUGCUGGCACUGCCGCGCCAGGAGCCGGCUGCAGUGCAAGGCGGACGUGGACAGCGUGUACGAGCGCGUGCUGCGCAUGCGCCAGGCGCGGCCCUGCAUCUGGUGGAAGGCCAUCAGCUACCACUUCGUGCGGCGGACCCGGCAGGUCACGCGCUACCGCAACGGCGACGCCUACACCACCACGCAGGUGUACCACGAGCGGGUGAACACGCACGUGGCCGACGGCGAGUUCGACUUCGGCCACUGCGGGAUGAAGGACGUGUCGCGCGACCUCAGAGGCCUGGAGGAGCACUCGGCCACGCGCCUGCGCUUCACCAAGUGCUUCAGCUUCACCGAGGCCGGCCCGGAGAACGAUUACCUCAACCAGAGGGCCAGGUUCUUCUCUGAAAUCGAGGGCUUGGAUGAUUAUAUGGAGGCCAGGGAGGGGAUGCAGCUCAAGAAUGUGGACUUCAGAGAAAACCUCAUAGCCUACGUAGACCCGGACCGAACGCCUUGGUACAGCUCCCAGGCUGCCUUCUGGCUGGCGGCCAUGCUCAUGCUGUCCUGGCCUCUCAGAGUCCUCAUAGAGUAUCGUACUGCAUACGUGCACUACCGCAUUGAGAAGCUGUUUGGGUUGGAGUACAGCCGCAGCAGCCCUUCAUCUCUGGACGGGGACCGGCCUGUGGGGAAUAAUGCGGGCUGUGUUAUCCCAAGGGUGGACACGAUGGACAGCACGGAAAUGGAGUGGCACAUACGCUGCAACCGCCAGGUGAUCCCCAGCUACUCGGAGGCCAUGCUGAUCAACAUGAGCACGGCGGACUCCAACUCGCUCCAGGACACCGACUGCACCUCGUCCUCCAACUGCUUCCUGUUGGAAAGCAGCCCGACGGCGCCGGGCCGGAGCCAGGAGGACUGCGAGCGAUGCGGCGAGCGCAUGGGGCAGGGAGGUCCGGGGGGCCGGAGGAGGACCAUCACCAGCUCCUGCUCCUCCAUCUUCUCCUGCCGCGGGGCGCUCUUCCAGUCCCACCUGUCCUCGGACACGUCCCGCUUCUCCCUGUGCCGCAUGUACGGCUCCCAUCGCACGGUGGCGCUGUGGCGGAGCCGCAGCAGCAACCUGACCGAGCCCUGCUGCAUGGACGAGCAGUGCUGCGGGUCCGACUCCAGCCAGCUGGCUCUCAGCGACAGCCCGCCCACUUACAGAGACGCCCGCUUCUUCCCCGUCCUCAUCGUGCACCGAUCCGAGGGCUGCGGCGGCGAGAACAGGAGGGACGUGAGGUGUUAUUACAUCCGGCGAGGCUCGUCGUGUGUGGAGACGGCGCUGUAGAGGACAGAAAGAGACUGAGACCGGUACAUAUGUAUUACCGAAAAAUGCAGUUUUCUAUUUUUGAACACAGCCACCGAAAGGUUAUAUUGAAAUGCACGUUUAUAUGAUUACAGGAAAACAGCACUGGGGUUGGAACAAUAACACUGUUAUGCUAUGUGACUAUAUGGUAAAUGUGAAAAGGUGGUGUAUAUGUCUACACCUUUCUACACUGAUCCCAAUUAAACCAUGCACUGAUCAGGCAUAACAAUGUGGCCACGGACAGAUGACGGAUGAACGCACAUUCUCUUUUGUGUGUUUGCUGAGAAAACUUGAGUUCAGUCAUCCGUAAACACAGUAGAUGUUCCUUUGACAUAUACAGCACCACCUACUUAAGCACUGCUGAGACCAUAGAGGCCUUGGAUGCGCUGGACAAGUGUGAGCCUCACUUCACGAGGGACUUAAAGAUCUGCUGCUAUUGUGUAAGCGUCAGACACCACAGCGCUUCCACAGGCGUCCGGAGUCUGUGCCUCGAUGGGUCCGGGCUACAACACAAUACUACAGUAGGCGGGAGUUCAUCAUUUAAUGCCUGAUCGCUGUAUGUGAGACCCAACCCAAAGAAAAUGUGCACGUUGUCAACAAAAGCUUUGUUUUAUCAACGAGUUGCAACCAAAGACAUGAUUUUUUCUUUGUUUUUCAUGUUUUUUUGACACAAGAACUUAAAGCGAGCGUAAAAAUGUUAGUACUCAUUCUGUUGUUUAUGUGUGUGGGAUUAAAGUGAGCUGUGUUUAAUUUUG